AUGACUCCAAUGAUGGACCCGUCGACAUCGUUGGCCAACUACACAUACGGCCAUCUGGCUGAGCUGUGUCGAAAUCAAACAGAAGACAUCACAUCCACUGCAAUCACACAUGUCGGAGGAGGCGUCAAUUCACACGAUAGGCCGUCAGCCAUCUAUGUCUGGGGCAUCGGUCUACUGUUCGUCACCCUUAUCAAUAUGUGUGCAGUCGUUGGAAUCGGUGUAAUGCGAUAUCUCACGAAGAAUACAUAUAAUCAGGUGAGAAAGAUUACUGUAAUCACCCUUCGAAUAAUCACACUAUUCGUCGGUUUGGGUGUCGGCUCACUGUCCGGAUCGAGUUUCUAUCAUUUGCUCCCUCAGGCUCAUCCGGCUCUAAUGGACGAAGUGGACGAGAACGGCAAGCCAACGCAUUCCUAUCUCCAUAUGGCACACAUCUCGAUUCUCGGAGUAUACGCAUUCUUCUUCUGUGAUAAACUGAUUAAAAUCAUUCUCGAGAUUCGAAAAAAGAACCAACACAUCCACCAUCGUCGUCUAUCGAUUGAGAAUCCAGGAAUCAUGAAUACGGAGAGAAGUGAUUCCGCUAUGGUCACCGAUGCCGGUGAUAAGGAGCUGCUGAGAAGUGUUCUCAAAAAGGGAAUGAUGAGUCGUGCGGAUGUCGAUGAGACCGAAAUGAUGACACUAGCUGAUAAGUCUGGAAAAUCGAUGGGUGAUCAGGCCCACGGAAUCUGUGUCCACGAUCAUUCCAUCGAAUUUCGAGCUGGCGACUCGGCGAUCGCCGCGGUGGCCUGGAUGAUCGUAUUCGGUGAUGGAUUGCACAAUUUCAUCGAUGGCAUCUCGAUUGGCGCCGCUUUCGCCGAAUCAAUCCAUUCUGGAUUGUCGAUUUCGUUGGCGGUGCUUUGUGAGGAAUUCCCACAUGAAUUGGGUGACGUGGCAAUACUGGUGGCAUCUGGAAUGUCUCUGAAACAAGCGCUCGUCUAUAAUCUCUUAUCAGCUAUCACCUGCUACGUUGGAUUCUUCAUUGGCGUCGGAAUCGGAGAGCUCGGACCGGAUACAUCGAAAUAUGCGUUUGGAUUGGCUGGUGGCAUGUUUUUGUACAUCUCGUUGGCGUGUAUGAUGCCAGAAAUGAAGAAAGCGAUGGAAGAAGCGCUGAACGUCUCUCUCCGCCACGGAAUCUACGUUCUCUUCCUUCAGACCGUCGGCCUGUUCUCUGGACUCAGUUUGAUGUAUAUCAUGGCGAGAUACGGCGAAUCAAUCACAAUUCCCUCUUAA